AUGAGGGGACCUCUUGGGCCAGUUAUUGGAAGGUAUCCUUCAAGUGAUGGGAAUGCUCAAAUGGGAGGUGGAAUCAUAAAGCACAACAGGAAAUGUAGGGAUGUUGUGUUUCUUCUUGUCUUCAUUGCUUUCUGGGUAGCAAUGAUUGUUAACUCAAGCUUUGGAUUCAACCAAGGGAACCCUUUAAGGCUAAACUAUGGACUGGAUUAUAAGGGCAAUGUGUGUGGUGACAGACAUGCAGAUCCAAACCUUCGGGAACUGGAACUUACAUAUUGGUUAAAUCCUAACCAGGUUUACCAAAGUGGUUUGAAGGACAGCCAUGUAAACUUUGAAUAUGCUAGGCGUAUAUGUUUGAUGGAUUGCCCCAUUCCGUCCGAAGAUUCGCUGAACUGGGUCUGUGACUACCCAGAGGGUGAUGUUAAACUCUCAGUUGAUGACUGGAUUGACAGAAAUUAUGAUUACUUUGCAGACCUUACUCCUGAGCUGAGAAACAAUUCUCUGCAACUUUUGGGUCCAUGUUAUCCAGUCAUUUUUCCUAGCGUUAAUGUUUAUUGGAGUUGCCAGUUUAUUGCUCGAGCUUCCAAUGUAUCAAUGCGUCAUUGGCAGCAGAUGGGUGGGGUGAACAUUGUUGAUGACAUUGGAAUUGACAAGUCAAUUCAUAGAGCCAUCAACUCUCGAUCAGCAGUUUUGAAGAGAUACGUUGCUGAUGUUGGGAAGUCAUGGCCAGUUUUGAUUGUUUGUGGGGGAAUUGUGCCUCUGUUCCUGUCAAUUAUAUGGCUUUUGAUGAUUCGUCACUUUGUUGUGGGAAUGCCAUGGGUUACUGUUAUUCUCUUCAACAUCCUUGUUAUUUCUGUCACAAUGUUCUACUACUUGAAAGCGGGCUGGAUUGGAAAUGAUGCCGUCACACCCAUCAUCGGUGAACAUGAUCCAUAUUAUCACGUAUCUGCAAGGGAAUUAAGUCAUCUGCAUGCUGCUGCUGUUUUGAUGACUGUUGUUAUGAUUGUUGCUUUUCUAUCAUCUAUUGCUAUAGUCCGACGAAUCCUUAUGGCUACGUCGGUCCUUAAGGCAAGUAACUAUCACUGGCAGCUUUGUUUACCUUGUACAUUUGGUAUCUUUGUUGUGAAGGUUGCCGCAAAAGUCAUUGGGGAGGUCCAAGCGCUCAUAAUUUUUCCAGUCAUUCCAUAUGCCCUUCUUGCAAUAUUUUACAUGUUCUGGUUGUCAGCUGCCCUCCAUCUUUUUAGUUCUGGAAGGAUUGUCCAGAAUUCCUGCAGUGAGAAUUGUUGUGCCUAUGAUCUGAAAUCAAAGAGAAUGAUUUGUGAUAAUUGUUGUGGCUAUAGCAUACGCUAUACUCCUCACCUAACUGCUGCAAUCCUUUUCCACCUGUUUGGUUGCUACUGGGCGACUCAGUUUUUUGUUUCUGCCUCCUCAACUGUGAUAGCUGGCUCUGUUGCUUCUUACUAUUGGGCUCGGGGUGAUGGACCGCAGGAGAUCCCAUUUCUGCCAGUUUUUGCCUCGAUGAAGCGACUUAUUCGUUACAGCCUGGGAUCAGUUGCCCUUGGUUCCCUGAUUGUCUCAUUUGUUGAGUCAAUCAGGUUUAUACUUGAAGCUCUUCGUCGCAAGCUUAAGGUUGCAAAUUCUAUGCCUGAUAGCUGGUUUGGGAGGAUGAUGUUUCAUUCUUCCCAGUUUUUCUUGAAAUGUAUUGGGUGGACCAUUAAAUCUGUGAACCAUAAUGCAUACAUAAUGAUUGCCAUAACAGGGAAAGGCUUCUUUAAAGCUUCAGAGAUUGCAACUGAGUUGAUCAUGAGUAACAUUCUUCGAAUAGGGAAAGUGAAUGUUAUUGGAGACGUUAUCCUUUUUCUCGGGAAGCUGUGUGUCAGUCUAACAAGUGCACUUUUCGCCUUUCUCAUGUUGGAUACUCACAAAUACAAAUCUGGGCAUAAUAAGAUUUCAUCUCCUAUAUUUCCUGUACUGGCAUGUUGGAGUCUAGGGUAUGUAGUCGCCACCCUUUUCUUUGCAGUCGUUGAAAUGUCAAUCGAUACCAUUAUCCUAUCAUUCUGCCAAGACUCUGAAGAGCAUCAAGGAACUGCUCAGUAUGCACCUCCUCUUCUAAUUGAGACUUUGGGUGAUCAAAAUGAGAUGCAAAGACUUACUCAAUGA